AUGAACUUCAAGCUUCUCUCUGCUCUUAUGCUCGCUGCCAAUGGAGCUCUGGCUCAAACUCCUCCCGGCUUUUCACCUUCCACCAAGAAUACCCUUGGAAUCAGGUACGGCAACAUCAACGCCUCAAAGGGUGACUUGGUACCUAUCAGCGAUGCAGCCAUGUCUCCCACCCUCAGGGUUGCGUCCAACAACUCAUCCCAUGUCAUUGUUCUAGUCGAUCUCGAUGCGCCAAACGGCACCGACAGCAACGCCUACGCACCAUUCCUGCACUGGGCUAAAUUCAUCUCCUCCGGUGUAACGACUCUCACCGGAGGCCCUCCUCUCAACAUGUCCGACUUUGCCCCAUACUUUGGUCCUGCCCCCCCACCAGGCACUGGGCCCCAUCGCUAUGUCGCCCUCCUCUUCGAUAGUCAAAACAGCACAUUCCAGGUUCCGCCAAGCUUCAAGGAGUUCAACGGCACCGAGGUCACCGACCGUGUAAAGUUUGAUAUUGAGACUUUUGCAGAUGAAGGAAGACUGGAGCUGGUGGCUGCCAAUUGGUUUACUAGCGAGAACGAGACGGCUGUUACAACGGUCACCAAUGAUGCUCCCCGCAUGGGAGGUGCCGGAGCUGCAGCUUUGGUGGCUUUUGGGCUUCUCGGCUUUGCUUCUCAGUUGAUUUGA